GAAAGCCUGUUUCAGUGGAAUUGAGCUGUGGUGCUGGACCCAGCCAUGUAGUUCUGGAGCUAGGUACCCCCCUUUUGCUGGACUGCAACCUGGGGUCCAGCGACACUCCUUUCAAUGUCACCUGGUUCAAGGAUGGCCAGCUUCUACCACAGGUGCCAGGAGAUCCCCUGCAGCAUUUGACCAAUGGAUCCCUCCUGCUGUUCUCCACUUCUACAGACAGCCAUCCUCUGCAGAAUGUAGAGGGUGCUUACAGCUGUGUGAGCGCCAGCGCCAUCGGAGCCCUGACCAGUCGGACUGUGAACGUACAACUUGCAAGUCUGUCAAAGUUUUAUCAGGAGCCAUCACCACAAACAGUGACCACUGGGGUAUCUGCUCGCUUCGAGUGCCAGAUUGAGGGAGUACCCACACCUGUCAUAACAUGGCAAAAGGAUAAAGUAACUAUUGCUGAUGAAACGAGGUUUGUUUCUCUUCCUAACGGGGUGCUGCAUAUUCUGGAGGUGACUAAAGCAGAUGAGGGCGUCUACCGUUGUGUUGCAUCCAGUUCUGCCAGGAAGGACACCAGCAUUGAAGCUAGACUCACUGUCACAACAGGCCCCCUUGAUACCCUGAACCCAGUUGGGAUUGUUGUGCCACCUCAGAAUGCUACAGUGGUGCUCGGCCAUCCUGCCGUGAUGGAGUGCAUGGCACAGGGCCAGCCCAAACCAUUGGUGUCAUGGAGCAGACAAGAUGGAAAACCCAUUUCCACUGACGUGAUCGUCCUUGCAACAAACCUAGUGAUUAGGGACACAAGGUAUCACCAUGCUGGUGUGUAUGUCUGCCGAGCCAACAAGCCCAAGACUAGAGAGUUUGUCUUUGCCUCUGCUGAGUUGCAUGUUGCUGCGCCUCCAGUGAUUGUUCAGCCUCCGGAGUCGGUGUCCCUCUCCAGGGGAAGUACCGCCCGGUUUCUGUGCAACAGUUCUGGGGAGCCCCUUCCAGUGAUGCACUGGCUAAAGAAUGGCCAGCCUAUCAGGUCUUUCAGACGAAUGAAAGUUCAAAGCCCUGGAAUCCUGCUCAUCAACCAGCUGGCUCUGGAGGAUGCAGGUUACUAUCAGUGCAUCGCUGAAAAUAGGCUCGGCACAGCCUGUGCCACUGCCAAGCUGACGGUCAUUGUGAAGGAAGGUCUGCCCAGCCUCCCUCGCCAUCUGACUGCUACUCCUUACUCCAGCACAACUGUCCUGCUCUCCUGGGAGAAACCUGAGUACAACACAGACCAAAUCAUUGCCUACUCUGUGCACUACCAACUUGCUUCAGGGUCAGAUAGUCAGGACUCUUCAUUUGCAGUCAGCAAUGACACCACAGAGUAUCUCGUCAGAGAGCUUCUCCCUCAUACUGCCUACACUUUCUUUGUGGUGGCUUAUUCGCCCAUGGGAGCGAGUCCUCCAUCGCGGACUGUAACUGUGGAGAUGCUGGAGGAUGUGCCUAGUGCACCUCCUCAGCUCUCCGUAGAUAGCACGUCCCCCACUGACAUCAGGCUGAUGUGGCAGCCGCUGUCCUCCCAGCACAGCCGAGGAGCUGUUACCCGCUACCGCAUUGAUUACAGUGCACUGGAUCAGAUGGACACUGUGUUCUCAGUGGAGCUGAGGGGCAAUGAGACUCAGUUCACGCUCAGGGAGCUGCGGCCAAACCAGGUUUACCAGCUGAGGAUAGCUGCUGGGACUGUUGUUGGCUUUGGUGUUCCUUCUGAGUGGGUCCAGCACCAAACAAUAGUCCGCAGCAGCCCCAGUGACAACAGCACAGUGAUUUUUGCUCCUUCUGAGUUGAAGGUCAAGGCCAGAGUUAGCACUCUUAACGUGACAUGGCAGCCCUCACCAAAUCAUACAUUGGUUUCUGGCUAUAAGCUCUCCUAUCGGGAAGCAGAAGCUGAUACACACACUAUCAGGCUUCGGAAGAAGGCGAGACAUCACCUGCUGACUGGGCUGGUUCCUGACCGGCAGUAUGAGGUGAGGGUCUGGGCAUUUGACAAGCACAAAGACGGAGCAGCUGCAGUGUGGAAGGGAAGGACGGAUAAAAUCCAUGGUACACGUCCUCGGCCACCUCCCUCCCCUCCAUUGCCCCCCGGCAGCAUCCAAGUCAUGGCUAACAGCUCCACCUCCAUCUGGCUCCGGUGGGAGAAACCUCGGUUCAUCAACACACGCAUCAUCAACUAUACAGUGCGCUGCAGCCCAGCAGGCACAACCAAUGCAUCUAUGGUCACUUAUUACACCAGUUCUUCUCUGGAAAUCCUGCUUGCGGGACUGAAGCCUUUCACCCACUAUGAGCUGGCGGUGAGGUCUAAUGGACAGUACACUACGGGACCCUUCAGUGGUACCUUGAAGGAGUCCACGCUGCCUGACCGACCAUCCACGCCACCUGAGGAACUGCAGCUGAGUGCUCUAGGCUCCUCGUCUGUGCUGGUGAGUUGGCGCCCUCCUCUGGAACCAAAUGGCAUCGUUAUAAGCUACAGGAUUUUGUACACUGUCAACUUGAGUGAGCCUGAGCACCAAUGGAGAAAUCUCUCUGAGGACGGAGGGAUCUUUAGUGCAGAGGUCCAUGGUUUGUCAGGGGGCACUCAGUACUUCUUUAAAGUGGGAGCUUCUACGAAAGUGGGACCAGGGCCUUUUUCAGCUGUUAUGGAUGUUUGGACUCCCCUGCCCACGUAUGAGCUGGACAUUCAUGCAGUCACGGGCAUCAUAGUCGGUGUUUGUUUGGGACUCAUUUGCAUACUCCUCUGCAUGUGUUUCAGCUUUCAAAACAGCAAAUCCAGAGAACUAUCUGGAGGUCUGAACUCCACAGUUGUGACACUACAGUACAGGAAAGGUGGCUGCCCUGCUCCAGCCAAAGUGCAAGAGUGCAGUGAUAGUCAUGAACUGGAAACACUGAUGCCUCCAGGCACCCAGGAGUCGGGUCAGCAGCCAACAAAUGAUCCAGAGGAGCAGAGUCUGAUGACUGCUUGGAACGGCUCUGUGAGUCAUAAUUGGGUCAACAGGAUCACAAGAUACAGAGACACCAUAACAGAAGAGUCUCCAACGCUGCUUAAUGGAGCUCUCAACAUGUUUAUUACUGCAACUGCCAUGUAACCAGGUGGAGGCGGAGGUCAUCGUUCAUUCUGAGUUGUCAGAGCCCAGUGGGGGGGAGAAAGACG